AACCAACACCUGAUUUGUUCAAAGACAAUGGCUCUUGGGGGCUCUGCUAUGUACACGCAUGCGCAUCGCGCGUCCUGCAGUCUGUGACGUAUCCCGCACCCCGCCCCCGCAGGUGCACCUGGGAAAAGAAUUCUGCACAAGGCACCACAGGCUGCCUGAGGAGAGAGAGGCCGGAAAGGGAAUGUGGUAGGAGCUGUUCACUAGGGGUUAGGGCUCAAACCUUCGCACAAGAAGACAUGCCAUACAAGGGGAAGAAGGCUACAAGCAAAACUGCGAAGCGCCCGAGGGAGUCUUCGGAUUCUCAAUCUGAUGAUGAUGUUGUCCAUCACAAUUUUCCCCCCAGACCAGAAAAGCAUGUGAUUGAGAUCAGUGAUGAGGACAGUUCUUCAUCAGACCAAGACGAUCAGCAGGCAAGGGGGUCUGCUCUGAAGAUGACACGAGAACUUCACGGUGACCCUAAAAAGUCUCACCUUGCAAAGAGAAAACAGUAUUGCCAAGAUGUAAAAACUUCUAUCGACACCCUGAAUGAAAAGCUUGUGCGUAUUUUUAAAACACAACAAAGGGAAAGGAAGAUGCUUCGUUCCAAAUAUUCUAAGAUGUUUGAGCCUUUGUUCCAACAAUGGGAAAAGGAUGUGAUGAAAGUCGGACAAGAAGAAGACAGUUUUGUUAAUUCAUCCAACCAACGUGCAGGGACUAUGUACAAUGCUAUGAUGGCGCAGAGAGCGACCAUUGAUGAAGCAAAAACUGUAUCUGAUCAGUUUCUAAAGAAUGUCCAAGUCCUUGAGGAUGAGCAAAAAGUUCUUGAUGCUAUUGAGCAAAACAAAUUGGAAAAUGAAAUGCAAAGCCUGAAGAAGAAACUUGCGACAGAAAAUCAACAACAGGACUUGGCAGCUAUCGAAUCAUGUCUUCAUUCUUUGUUCUCCGAGGAUAAUGAAGAAGAUUAGCUGUGAUCAUGUCAUGUGACAUGCACAAAACAUGCCUUACACUACCAAAAAUUAUAAUAUAAAUUGGCCCAUCA